GUGACAACAGCCACCGUUCAGGAAAUAUUCUGGCAUUUUCUGCUGUUGUCGUCCUCAUAUGACGUCACAUCGUGGUAUUAUUGUUUUUAAUGGCGGUUGGCGAUAAAACACUAAUAUUAGGGGGGGACAUAGUCCCCGUUUUGGAUGACCUGUCCCCCGACUAAAGCUGUCCUAUGAAAUGUCCCCUUAUUUUUAGAGAAAGUAAACUUUGGUACGAACUUCUUCAGGAGAUAUUCUGGUAUUUUCUGUUGUCGUCUUUAUAUGACGUCACCGCGUGGAACAUUUUUACGUAACCUUCACUACUUCUUCUAUUGUUUUUAAUUAGUUGAUGUGCAGACAUUAAAGUUUCACUGCGUUUAUUCAACAGUACUUUAUUGUCAAUUUCCCCAAAUGUUUCGUCAAACAAAAAAAAUAAAAAAAAUGAAAAGCCGUUUAUCUCCCUCCGUCACAUAAAAUAUACAGGAAAAAAAAUGAAAUGAACAAAAAUAAAGAUAUAAAACAAGAUACAAAUAGAUACAAAAGAAACAUUCUGGAUUGAGAGAAAAGAAAUAAAUUAAAUCAGCCUAUUUACAGCAGUGAGGUGCAGACACUGUUAUUCCCUAUAAUACUGUUUUGUUUUUAAAUUAAAUGAAUUAAAAAAUACAUGUCAAGUUACAUACUACGUUACAACGGUGCGACAUAGAUUAAUGUGGGAGAAAUAAUUCUUUAAAGUAAUAAUGCUUUAAAGCAAAACCGGAGACAGUCAGAGUCAUAAUGAACUGAGUUAAACUCGGUAGCAGGUUGUGAAAUUCAUUUAAAAACGAUGUUAUUUUCCACCAGUGAGUAGAAAAGCGUGGUGUUCUCUGAUUGGCUGAGGCAGAGCUCCGCCUCGUGCUCUCACUCGUGGGAGUUGUAGUCCGUCUCGCAGCAGAAAGCCAGCGUUCGUAACGGAGCGCGACCCCGUGUAGGACUACAAACUGCGAGGAGCGGGUUUCAGGGGCGGGGUUUUAAAAUCUGACAGCUGGUUGUUUGGAGGCGGGGCCUCGGCCGCGCGUGGACUCCGACAAACGUGAAGUAACGUGAAGUGACAGCUCAGCCCGAACAGGAGCUGAGGCGAAUGGACCCAAACUAAACCCGGGAGAAGGUUUUAACCGGAGGCUGAAGUUGUGUUCAGGAUGCUGAGAGGAAUCUGCCUCCUCCUGCCUUUCCUCGCUCUGGGGGGAGUCCUGCACACAGAGCUCACCGGAGUCCUGGACGACUGCUUCUGUGACGUCGAAAGCAUCGAUGUGUUCAACAACUUCAAGGUUUACCCUCGUCUCAAGAAGCUCACGGAGCGAGACUACUUCAGAUACUACAGGGUCAACCUGAAGAGACCGUGUCCUUUCUGGCCUGAUGAUGGACAUUGCUCCAUCAAAGACUGCCACGUGGAACCAUGUCCAGAGAGUAAGAUCCCUGUUGGCAUCAAGUCUGGGAACUACAACAAGUACUCCCAUGCAGCCAACACCAUGUCGGGUCUGACGGAGUGUGAACAGGCCAAGGAGCUGGGCGCCAUCAACAGCACCCUGAGUAACCAGAGCAAAGAGGCCUUCGCUGACUGGGCGAGACACGACGACGCUCAGGAUCAUUUCUGUGAGCUGGAUGAUGAGACGUCUCCGGACUCGGAGUACGUGGACCUGCUGUUGAAUCCGGAGCGGUUCACCGGCUACAAGGGCCCGUCGGCCUGGAGGGUCUGGAACAGCAUCUACGAGGAAAACUGCUUCAAACCCAGGUCCGUGUACCGGCCCCUGAACCCUUUGGCUCCGAGCAGAGGAGAUGACGACGGAGAAGGUUUCUACAACUGGCUGGAAGGUUUGUGUUUGGAGAAGAGGGUGUUCUACCGACUCAUCUCAGGCCUCCACAGCAGCAUCAACAUCCACCUGUGUGCGGAGUACCUGCUGGACGAGGGCUGGGGCCGCCCGAUGUGGGGUCCAAACGUCCAGGAGUUCCGUCAGCGUUUUGACACGGCCGAGACAAAGGGCGAAGGAACCCGGCGGCUGAAGAACCUCUACUUCCUGUAUCUGAUCGAGCUGCGAGCGCUCUACAAAGUGGCUCCCUACUUUGAACGGGCCUUCGUCAACCUGUACACUGGAAACUCUCAGGAGGACGGAGACACCAAAGACCUACUGCUGCAGAUCUUCAAUGAAAUCAGAACUUUCCCGAUGCACUUUGAUGAGAAGUCCAUGUUUGCCGGAAACAAAAUAGAAGCAAAAACGUUGAAGGAGGAAUUCCGGCUGCAUUUUAAAAACAUCUCCAGGAUCAUGGACUGUGUCGGCUGCAGUAAAUGUCGACUCUGGGGAAAACUACAGACCCAGGGUUUGGGAACAGCGCUGAAGAUCCUCUUCUCGGAGAAGGAGAUCCAGAACCUCCCUGAGCACAGCCCGUCUAAAGGUUUCCAGCUCACUCGCCAGGAGAUCGUGGCCUUUGUGAACGGCUUCGGGAGGUUGUCCACCAGCAUCUAUCAGCUCCAUCAUUUCCGCCAGCUGUUGAAGGACAACAGGUAACGAGAGCUGAUGCUACACUUGGCCAGUAGGUGGCGCCAGCCCACAGAAAACUGCAACAGCCUAAUUCCCACCCAGAUAACAGGGAGGGGGGGCUUUUCUUUUCCGUGGACAUUGGGAUCAACAGAACCUAACACCCCCCCCCCCCCUCCUGAUUCCAUAUUGUUUCUCCUCCCCCGUCUAUAAAUUCCUCCUCCUCCUCAUGGUGGAACGUGAAUUCUUCUGCCUUCUCCUCUCACAGUUUCCUCCCUCAUGUUUUCUUUAAAUAUUUGUGAUAAAUGCGUAGACAGGCAACAAGGACGUGAUGGACAGAGCGAAGACGAGGUGGACGUGAGGCUGGUGGAAGUUCCUUCUUACAGACCUCGUCCUCGUCUCAACAUCACAACCUUUUUGAUUUUGCACUUUUUAUGCGUCACAUUUAAAAACCUUUGUGGCUCUUCUCUAAGGAUCUUGAAAGACUUUGUCCCGAGGAAGGACUCGGUAUGGACGGACCUCAUUUUUGUCCAGAUAUAGGACGCGGCUGCCUCUUUAGUUUUUUUUUUUUUUUUCCGCUCUGCUGUUGUUUUAAAGCAGGUUUCUUGUUUUUUGUCUGAGGGUUUGGACCAAUCUGCUCACGUUUCCCACCUCAGGCUAAUUUAUGUCGAGCCACCAGAAGAAGGUUGUGUAUGUUUGUGUGUGUGCAGGUGAAUGAGGUUAGACAUACGUUCUGCAGCUAGCAGCAGCUAGCAGCACCUAGCAGUCUGUGGCUAACAGCAGCUAGCAGUCUGCAGCUAGCAGCAGCUAGCAGUCUGCAGCUAACAGCAGCUAGCAGUCUGCAGCUAGCAGCAGCUAGCAGUCUGCAGCUAACAGCACCUAGCAGCCUGCAGCUAGCAGCAGCUAGCAGUCUUUAGCCAGCCGCCUGCAGCUAACAGCAGCUAGCAGCCUGCAGCUAACAGCACCUAGCAGUCUGCAGCUAGCAGCAGCUAGCAGUCUUUAGCCAGCCGCCUGCAGCUAACAGCAGCUAGCAGCAGCUAGCAGUCUUUAGCCAGCCGCCUGCAGCUAGUGGACGUAACCUGCAGACUUCUGUUUGUGUGUUUUUCCCUCUCUGCUUCUUUAAAGUACCGUUUCGGGCCGAUAAACGGUGAAACGAGGCAGAGCUGCUUCUUUUAGAUCUGGUCACAUGUGGUCGAUGCGUUGACUUCACAGACUGUAGAAUAACUACUGACCGCAGAUUCAUUUCCAUCCUGUCCUGUUUUAGAAGGACGGAGCCUUUAGAAGUAGUUUUCCAGUUUCCUAAUAUAAAGCGUCAUAUUACUCCCAUGUCUGUUACGUGCUAACAGGAUAUAGAUCUAUAAAUAUCCUCUUUGAUGCAGCUGCAGUUUUUCCUUAAUGUCACAGCUCUUGAAAACCACUGCAGGUUCAUGUUUCUUCAAAACGAAGAAAUCAAAUGAAGCUAAAAGUUGAACUUGAAAUGUCCUCGUUUGUGUCUGUUUUUAAUAUUUAACUGUUCAGUUGCUCUUUAAACGAAUCCUCACAGAAGAUAGAUCCCUAAAAACCAUCGUAUGUCCUCUUCCACAUGUCCACCGCUCAGUUUAUCCUGAGACUGAACCUCCCAUCGUCCUUCAGGAUCCAAUUUGACUCAUCUCUAAUGUUUCUAAACCACAUCGUUUGGUAUAAAUGUCAACCUCUGCCUAAUGGAAACUGAAAUUAGUUGAGGCUUUAAAAAUACUCAGACAGGUGGAGGAGGACAUGUCUUUAAAAUGAAGAGGAAGCUUUGUCUCCUGGACACAAACAUCAUGUUCGUCAUUGAUUCUGAGCCACAGAGCAGCAAAUAAUAUGCGAUAGACAAACUGGGAUUAAAACCACACAACUACACAACUACACCAGGAUUUGACUUCACUCUGAAUCCACUGGGAACAAGGACCCGUAUUCCUAAAGAUGAUGCUCCUAUUCCAUCGAGUAGAUGGAGGUAAAAGAUGAAAGGUUCCUAAAGAAUGUGCUGAGAGCAGGGAGGAGAACUUUAAGAGGCGUAGAGAGGAGAACAUGGUGGAAAGAAGAGGCAGGAGAGAUGUUCUCCAAACACUGAAUGACUGGAUGGAGCAGGAACCCUUUCGGUCUCAGUAGGAGCUGCACCAGAUGACUCUUUAGGAACAUGGGUCCUGGUCUGAAGCUGCAAGAAAUAAACAAUAGCUAUAUAUAACGUGACCUUCUUUAAAUAUACAGACGGUUACUAACCAUAAACUCAAUAGCAGUAGCAGAGUUACUGUUUUCUCUAGUCAGUGUUGUGGAGUUUGUAAAAUCGCUGCCUACUUUGUUUUUAUUAUUAUUAUUAUUUUUUGCUUUAGCCGCGUUGUCUUAAAGUUCCUCAGACGGGACGGUUGCUGGACUCUCUGGAGCUGAUUUAAUCUGAGAUGGAGGUUUAUUUAUUUAAAGCCCGACACACGGUGGACACAGAUUUAACACAUUCAGUUAAUACGAAGCCUUACCUGUUAAAUACCUGUUAAAUGUUCACCUCUGAGAUCUGUUCACGGACUAGAUUUAAAUCUCACUUCCUUGCUCCUGCUUUAUUUUAUUUUUAUAUAUUAAAAAAAAAAAAAAAAAAGUGAAUGUAAGUAUUUUGAAGAAGACAGUUUAAAAAAAUUUGAAUACAAGCAUUUCUGUUAUGAUCACAAAAUAACAACAUGACACAAGCAAAAAACACAGAUUAGUGUUUAAACCAUGGACCAUAGACUCACCCAUAGACCGUAUAUAAAUAUGGACUAAACACGUCUCCUCCAUAGACUGUAUAUAAAUAUGGACUAAACACGUCUCUACAUAGACCGUAUAUAAAUAUGGACUAGAACCUGAAUAGUUUUGAGGACGAGUGGACCAAAGAUUAUUACAUUGCCUUCAUUUCAUUUUAAGUUUUAUAUUUUUGUUGUGAGGAAACUCCCUGUCAGAGUUUUUCCUGCCACCGUCGCCCUCAGGCUGCUCCAGAGGUUUCAGGCUGGUUUUUGUGAAGCGGUUUGAGACAAUUUGUGUUGUUAUUGGCGCUAUAUAAAUAAAACUGAAUUGAAUUGAAUUGAAUUGAAUUGAAUUGAAUCGAAUCGACGCUCUAACACAAAAUCGUCGCUUUAGUCGCUCCAGGUCCAUAUUUGACCAAAGUCCAAAACCUCUUUAAUUGAAUCUGAUCAUGGACCUUUUCUCUCAACUGUUCAAGUAAAAUAUAUGAUUAAUUAAUAAAUACAUAAAGAUAAACUGCUGAGAGUGACAUAUUAAAAAAAAGCUUUUUUUUAAUACCACCAUGUUUUUUAUUCAUUUAAUUUUUCAAAUAUAAAAAAGCAAAUUGAACAUGAACAGGGAAGUGCUAUUUUUAUUUAAUUAUACUUAAUGUUACUUUUAUUUUGAUCUUAUUUUAUCUUUCUUUUUACUUGUGGCUUUUCUUUUAUGUGCAAAUAUAUAUAUAAAAACAGGGAAGAAAUUACAAAACACACCAAAUUAAUUUCGUAUUAUAUCGUCUAGUUCAUGUUUCCUGUUCCCCGUUUAAAGCCUAAUUUCUUUCAAAUCUGGUUUGGAAAAAUUUAAUAAAUUCAACAAAUGUAAAUUCCAGCGAGGGAAACUACCCCACCUUUAAGAAUAAAUGAUUAUGUGAAGAGUUAAAGGUUUCAAGGAACAACCAUGAAUUCAUUUGUUGUUACUUUUUGUUUCAUGUCCGUGUCUCCGUACACGACUGUUGAAGCGAAAUCCAGACUCUCUCCUGUUUCUUUGUGUGAGAUGUGUCCAGACGGUCGAUUCCUCCUGUUCCUUUAGCCUCAAACUAAACUGACCAAGUUUGAAAAGAAAACCGAAAUAAAAAUGAAUGGAACCUGCUUCAGACCUGUUUAGUUUGUUAAAUCCACCAGAGGUUGAAGGUUGUUUUUGUCUCUUUGUUGCAGCUGCACCGUGUUCUUGUUCAUUAUAUUUAUUUGAAAAGCUGAAUAAAAAUAUCUGGAAAUCACAAAA